ACCCAGGGACUCGUACGUGCAUCUCUCUAUACCAUUGAUCCGUAGAGGAAACACGGCACCCACAAUCACACCCACGGCUCCCCCACAAGAGCGAUGUUCGACAUGUGAAGAUCCUACCCCGCGCGGGGUCGAUUGUGGAUACGCUUUCCUCCGCAAAACUCAUGCCAUGCUUCCCAAAAAGCAUCAGACCUCACGCCCCAGAAUCACGCCUCCCCUAACACCCCUCUAGCCGCUGACGAGAUGCCGCUGAAAGAGGUAUCCCGCUUGACCGGGAAGGAUUGGCUCGAACUUGGCAUCACCACAGCCUCCUACGAUCUAAAAGGGCAGCUAUGCCUUUCCCCCUCUUGUAGAGUGUUUGACCUUCCUCUCCUCCAUUUGAACCGAUUGUAGCUCCGAAGGAAUAAAUCAGCAAAAAUGAUGCGAGCGGCAAGAUACUACGGCAAAGAAGACGUGCGUAUAGAAAACACACCUCGCCCUCAAUUGUCUCCCGGUCAAAUCCUCAUAAAGCCUUCGCAUGUGGGAAUUUGCGGGACCGAUUUACAUGAGUAUAUCGCCGGCCCUACUUUUGCGCCAUUGGAACCUCAUGCGGUAACCAGAGAAACCAUUCCUAUUGGCAUGGGCCAUGAAUUCAGUGGCACGGUGUUGGAAGUAGGGCCGGAUGUGCCUAAUGCGGACACAUUCAAGAAGGGCCAGAAAUGUGCGAUCCAGCCGACCAUUUAUUGUCAGAGUUGUGGGGCUUGUAGGAAUGGGGUGGAGAAUGCUUGUGCCAAUGGUGGGUUCAUUGGUUUGAGUGGUGGCGGUGGUGGUUUGAGUGAAGCAGUAGCUGUGCCUUGGGAUGCAGUACUGCCACUUCCGGACAAUGUUGAGCUGGAUACAGGAGCCCUCGUCGAACCCCUCUCCGUCGCCUGGCAUGCCGUAGCAGCCUCACCCCUCCUCGAAAUCGGAGCAAAAAACGCUUCGGUCCUUGUAUUGGGAGGCGGCCCCAUCGGUCUCGCAGUCGUCCAAGUCCUCGUGGCACAUGGAACGAAAAAGAUCAUCAUGAGCGAAAUCGCAGCACAAAGACAAGCCUUUGCCAGAGAAUUUGGCGCACACCACGUCCUGGCACCCAACGUGUACGAUGUGGUAGGCAUCUCGCGCGAGCUUUGCCAUGGCGAGGGUCCUGAUAUCGUCUUCGAUUGUGCCGGUGUGCCUGCCAGUUUCGAAUCAGCAUGCAAGGCCAUCAAGGCUCGUGGAACCGUCGUCAAUGUUGCCAUCUGGGAGAAUCCAGUUUCGUUCAAUCCUAACAGUUUGGUGUUCAAUGAAGGAAAAUAUGUUGGAGUGCUAGGAUAUCAGCGCAAGGACUUUGUGGAGGUGAUCAAGGCUAUCGCGGAUGGAAGAUUGCAACCCAACAAGAUGAUCACGCGAAAGAUUCCCCUCGACGAUCUGGUUGAGAAGGGUAUUCUGGCUUUGAUCAAGGAGAAGGACAAGCAUGUGAAGAUCCUUGUUGACAUGGAGAUGGCUUGAAAGAGGUAGUUAUGGUUAAUAUUGAUGUAAGUAGACUUUUGGAGCUCACGCAGGAGGCAUGAAGCUAGCGUAGAGACCACCUUGGAUAACGGAGUACAUGAUCAUCCCUCG